UGAGAGAAUAAAAUGGAUAAAAGAGAAGAAAUCAUUGCUCAACCGUCUAAACCACUAUUGAAAGAAUCAGUAAUACAACAACAAACACAAAUACACACAGAUACUAAUCAUACUAAACUUCCGUUCGAUCCAACGGCCAAAACCCAUACAAAAGCAACCGAGAGCCUUGGUUCGUUUCGUUUCUUCAGUAAGGUCAAACAAACAAGAGUAUCACCUAUUCAUUCACAAUCCAUCCUUUACAAUACCAAGUCAUCCACCAGUCUUGACAUGGAUCAUCAGGUACAAAAAUCCAAUGUUUUAUAUCACCAAAAUCAGGAACUUUUGAUUUUACCUUUUCCCACCGACGUUAUAAGCCAACAAGUACGUGAACAACAAAAAAGAAGUACGAGUUCUGAUGAAGAAUAUCAAAAAAGACCUUAUUCUAUGCAGUUACCUUCUCUUCGUACAAUAGCCAGUUCUUGGACAGUAUCAAAGAUGAAUCAAUCAUUUCGUCCAAAUAGAUCACUUUCUUCUACAGCCGUCAACUCUUCAGGACUUAUGCCACUUCGUUUACCUUCUUUUCGUGAGCUUUCCAAGGAUACUAGUUUAAAGCAAAUCAUGUUGUCGAGGUAAGGUAGUUAUUUAUUUUGAAUAAAAAGGAAAAGGAAAAAUAGAGAGAAAGAGAGGAAAGCAUAUACG